GAGGUUGGUAAGCGUAGCCGGUCCGGGUGCACCGAUGGCAUAGUAUUUCCCAACAGAAUGCAAUGUGGCUGUAGCUUCAGCAUGUACUACCAUUGUUACAUGCAUCAAGUGAUGGCCCGGCCAGACACAACCAACCCCGCCGUAUCGACGCGCGCACGCGCCCAAUAUUCACUGCCCAUAGUACUAAGUCACAUAACUACCUAUCACCAGUACAACUUCUCAAGAUCCCCUCUAUUUGAACGUGCAGCAUGAGACGAAACUUCACGAUAGAUGCUCCAAAUUCUCUCAUACAAUAUUCCACGGCGGGCUGGAGACUUGUAUACGCAGCCGACGAUCCUUCCGCCAAUUUCUAUAGAAAUGGGACUGCUGUGACAUCCUCUACACCAGGGGCAAGUGCGACCUUUGACUUCUUUGGAACUGGGAUAUGGGUUUACGGUGCCAGACGUGACAACCAUGGGAAUUAUACCGUGUCAUUAGAUGGGGGGAUGAGCAUUUAUGAUGGUCAUGACCCAAAGGGUGCCUUCCAAGCCCUCCUCUUUGGGCAAUCAGACCUUCCCUCUGAGAAUCAUACAUUGACGAUUCUCAAUUCCCCGGGGCCAGGAUAUUUUGACAUCGACUUCAUCAUCUGGGAAACAUCUAUAACGAAUGGUUCAACUCAACUGCUUAUCGAUGAUACGACCUACUCUAAUAAUACCGAUGCCACCUCUGCAUUCCGGUACUUCCCUGAGCCAACUUCGUGGACCAUUGGAUAUCCAGAACCGGAGGCGUACAAUACCACGCUAACAUCAGCCCAAAAGCCCAACGCUCUGACCUCUCUCAUCGUCCCAUCCACCGCAGAUUUAGUUGCAAUUUACGGAAAACUCGGGCCAGGCCAUGGGCCAUACAAGUGCGUCGUGAACAAGACGCGGAGUGAAGGGCCCCGAACAAUCAUUGGGAAUGGAGGGAUGUACGCUAACCCAACGAAUCAACAAAUGCUGUGCCUUUUUGAAGGGCUAAACGACGGAUCAUCACCUUCAACCAACAUUAUCGUUUCCAAUGAGGCCACUAGUCCUAGCGAUCCAAAUAUCCUUUCUAUUGACUAUGCAGAGGUUUGGGCUGCGCCUGCGGAACCCGGCCAGCCUGGUCCACCUCCACCUCAUGCCCAACCUCCGCCGCCACCGGGAACUCGUUCGACAGCGCGACCUUCCAUUACCAACGCAGGAACCAUUGCGGGAAGUGUGAUAGGCGGACUCUUUGCCGUUUCGUUGGCCGUCAUUGCAGCAUACGUAUUAUACCGCCGAUCCCAGAAAAGAACGCCAUCUCAGACUCACAGGGAGAGAACAGCAACAAAUACAGGAGUGGCUCCGUUCUCCUCUAAAUUCGACCCCCAACCCCCCGUGUCCGUACUGGGGCAUGCUGGUCAUGCCGACGAUAUCAUUGUCGGAGCUGGUGUCCCACCUUCCCCAGUGUUUAACAAUAAUCCACCUUAUGCGGCGUCCUGGGAGGGCCGAUCGUACCUCGCACCCGAAUCCAGCUCGAUGUCCAUGUCAGGAUGGACCGCUCCAGCUAGUCAAACGGUAAGGAGUCCGAGUCCGACACCAGUAUGGUUAAGAAGUCCGGCCGAAACGCUUCCGUUGUACAGAAGUUGAGGAAUCCGAUUGUCUGCUUCUGUCACGGUGGGACUGAGUUGAUCAUCCUUCGCCUCCCUGCCCCCAUCCCCCGCAACAUUGGCAGCGCCCGUUCUUUCCACCUUACAAUCAUCUUAAUACCAUUGAAGAGCACCGGAUUGCCACAGUCACUCGUCAUAUCCAUCAAUUCGUCACGUCCUCAACAUUGCUUUCGUCGAGAUCGAGAUCCAGUAGUAUGAGGAGUGUUGAUUAUCGCGACGAUCGUUUUCGAUCUUCCCAAUUGCCAGAUGGUAGCAAGGAUUUCGUGCAACGCGCGCAACCCUCCCUAUCUUUUCUGUGCCUUUCAACAACUACUCUGCACUCCCCCCGACAAUAUAGCAUCAUUCAAUAGAGGUUGGUAACCUGCCUAGUAUCAUAUCAUCUCACCCAGGAUCUCUUAGAACAAAAACUCAAACGUUGCUCAUUCC